AUUGAAAUAAGUGAACUUAAAAAUUCAGUUAUUCACAAUAAAAGUGAUAAUAAUAAUAAUGUCAGUAAUAAAAACAAUAAUAAUCUAAAUAUCAGUAACAAUACUUUCCACCAUCCACAUCCUUACUCGAAGCAUCAAUCUACUGUUUCACAUCAUCAGUCUAGGACGCAGCAUCAGCAUCAGCAGAUUGACAAUUGCGAUACUGAUGAUAUUACCAUCAGUGACAUCGCGGGCUCCGCCACCGAAGACAAGCCCGAUCCCGACACAAUCAAGAUGUUUGUAGGUCAGGUGCCUCAUGAUAUGGAGGAAAAUGAUCUGAGAACGAUGUUUGAGGAGUUCGGACGUGUUCAUCAGAUAAAUGUUCUCAGAAAUAAAUACACUGGCUCACAUCAAGGUUGCUGCUUUGUCACCUUCUACACAAGAAGAGCGGCGCUCGCGGCUCAAAAUGCACUUCACAAUAUAAAAAUUUUCAACGGAAUGCAUCGACCUGUCCAAAUGAAGCCGGCAGACAGUGGCCACCGGAACGAUCGGAAGCUAUUUGUUGGCAUGCUGUCAAAGAAGUACAGCGAAAAUGAUGUAAGAAACAUGUUUGACGUUUAUGGCGCAAUUGAAGAGUGCUCGGUAUUGAGGGAUAAUAGUACCGGGCAAAGCAGAGGAUGUGCCUUUGUUACAUUUGCAACUAAACAGCAUGCCAUUAAUGCUAUUAAAGCACUCCAUCAUUCCCGUACAAUGGAGGGUUGUUCAUCGCCAUUGGUUGUCAAGUUUGCUGACACGCAAAAAGAAAAGGAUCAAAAGCGAUUGCAGCAGUACCAAGCAAACUUAUGGACCAUUGCGGGUACAGUUGGGAUGCCAGCGCCGCACUAUUUAACGAACAAUGAUACUCAUGCAUUGGCAUCCGCGCAAUUACUCCAACAGCUACAAACAACCCUGACACCGGGUGUAGGACCCUCAGCGGUAGCUUGUCCCACUGGCGCAAAUAAUCCUGCAGCCAUGAGCACCGUUCAGCACCAGCUGUUGAUUCAGCAGCACCUUGGCCUGAACGGAGCCGCGGCUGUAACUCCUCAGGCUGUUGCAAGUCUCCCAGAGAUGACCCAGAGCCAUCUCCAAGGACUGGCAACUCUGGCGACUUUGGGCGCUAAUCCCGUCGGCGUUACCUCACCUAUGAGCAUGCAAGAUCUUAUGGCACUCGCAUCGAUGACUAAUGCUGCUAAUAUUCAAGUACCUUCUGGCACAUUGGGUGGAUUAGUUAAUUCACAGGGAAGGCCAACAGCAACGCAAGUUACCAAUAAUGGAACAGCAGUGAGUAACGCAAAUGGGUUUAGUCCAGUAUCCCUUACACUUAACUCUCUGGCUGGGACAGCAUCGUUAAGUGCUGGUGCUAACGCUGGUAGCCUUCAAGACUCAUUAAACAAUGCUUACUCAAGCUUGCAACAAUAUGCAGGUACAUUACAUUCGCUCAAUAAUAGUAAUAUUAAUAUUUUUGUUUCUAUUUUCAAAAUAUUCUCAAAAUUUCUUCUUUUAAAUUAA